CUCACUUGUUCUUGAAUGUUGCGCUUUUGUUAAGCUUUCCAUGGAUGGGACCUUGAGCUCUGCUUCCCUUCUCUCUCCUAAAUUCGUGCACUUUCUCUCUCUUCGUUAGUUUGAUCUUCUACUGUGUUCGUCUUCUCUCUCCAGAUAAAGAUCUCAUGACUUAUCAAUUGCAAAGUGUGGACAAGGAGGGUUUGGGUACAUCAACUUGUCUGAAGGAACGCAACUACUUGGGUUUGUCUGAUUGCUCCUCCUCUGUUGACAGCUCAACCGUUCCCAAUCUUGUUCUAGAUACUGACAAGAAGAGCAGUCUCAACUUCAAAGCUACAGAGCUAAGGCUAGGUCUUCCUGAAUCAUCUCAAUCUCCCCAGAGAGAAACUGACUUCGGUUUGCUGAGUCCAAGAACUCCUGAUGAGAAACUUCUCUUCCCGCUGCUCCCUUGCAAAGACCAUGCUUCAGGCAACAAAAGAGGAUAUCUUGCUAAGAGCGGCUCCAACAAUGCACCUGCUUCCAAGGCGCAGGUUGUUGGUUGGCCUCCAAUCAGAUCUUACAGGAAGAACACAAUGGCUUCUUCUACUUCCAAGAACACUAAUGAGGUUGGUCUUGGUCCUCUGUUUGUGAAGGUGAGCAUGGAUGGUGCUCCCUAUCUGAGGAAAGUGGAUUUGAGAACCUACACUUGCUAUCAACACUUGUCUUCGGCACUUGAGAAAAUGUUCAGCUGCUUCACUCUUGGUCAAUGUGGGCUUCAUGGAGCUCAUGGGAGGGAAAGAAUGAGUGAGGUGAAGCUGAAGGAUCUUCUUCAUGGAUCAGAGUUUGUGCUUACUUAUGAAGAUAAAGACGGUGACUGGAUGCUCGUUGGAGAUGUCCCCUGGGAAAUAUUUACUGAAUCAUGUAGGAAACUGAAGAUCAUGAAGGGCUCUGAUUCUAUUGGUUUAGCUCCAAGUGCAGUGGAGAAAUCUAAGAACAAAGAUUGAGUCCACAAAACAUUAUGCACAGUUCCUCCAAUGUUUCAGUCUCUUCUUAAACUGAUGUGUGUUGAAAACUCUUAUCAUCUAGUCUUUUACUAAAUCUGUGUUUGUAAGACUCUGGAAUCUCUUUAUUUUGUACGUGCUUGUUCAGAACAAAUAACACUUUCUCUUCUUGUGUGUGUUCAGCUUUAAUCUUCGAGACUUAUUUUUCAUAUA